UGCUAUAAAUAUUGUACUCAUUACUCCACCUUAUCAGUCAUCCACCGAGCAGCACUUCGGUAGCUUCACUAGUACAUACCUCCUCAUUGUCAAACAAACAAUAUGAAAUUGUUCAUUGUGCUUGCCGCGGUGGCUGUGUGCAAUGCCGCUAAACUGGACAAGACUUACCUCCCGCCGCACGCGCAGAGCUCAGGAGGCUCGGGGGGCAUCCUGCAGGCGCCUAUAGCGGACGCCAGGCAAGGACUGAACCCCUUCGGAGUCAACCCCUUUGGCCCAGCCGGUAACGUCGCUCCCGCCUACAGCCAAAGUGCUUAUGAAAUCGCCAGCCGCGCCGAGCGCCCCCGAGCUGCUCUAGAGAGGAACGCUGCUAUCCUCCGCCAGGACAACUCCAACGACGGCGAGCGGUACUCGUACGCUUAUGAGACCGAGAAUGGCAUCUACGCUGAAGAGAACGGAGUGGCCACCAAUGGAGUCGAGGCUCAGGGCGGGUUCGCGUACACCGGAGAUGAUGGACAACUCUACUCUAUCAAAUACACCGCCGACCAGAACGGUUUUGUGCCCCAGGGCGACCACCUCCCCACUCCUCCUCCCGUCCCUGAAGAGAUCCUCAGAGCUCUGGAACAAAAUGCCCGUGACGAGGCCGCCGGCAUCUACGACGAUGGCUCCUACUCCGCCGCCAAGUACGGCGACGUGGACGCGAGGAACAACGGGUACGCUUACCCUGCCGGAAGCGGCUUCUCUCCAGUCGACGCUCAAGACUCAGUGUCAGUGAGCGCCGCGCCCCGCGCCCCCGCCCGCUACUCCGCCCCCGCCGCCGCCCAGACCCAGGCCUCCUUCGGUGUGCAGAAGGCGUACCUCCCGCCCCUCGCCAGUCAGAGGGUUACUGGCAGACAGAGCUACAACCCUAGAACUGGCUACCGCUACUAAUUAUAAUUUACCAAUAAGAUAUUUCAUUAAUUUCCGAAUAAACUAUUUAUCAUGAA